UUACUAUUAUAGCUUUAGUAAGCAUUUUGCGAGCUCGAUUGAAGAAACUCUAACUUGUAUCGAAAUUUUGUGAAAGCCUAGGGUUUCAAUCUCCAUAAUAAUAAUAAUAAUAAGAACAAGAAGAAGAAGAAGGAGGUGGAAGUGGCGUUGGAUUCCCGUAGAGCUAACAAAGGAGGACUUGACUUUCCGUUUUGUGCUUCCACGUAUGAUUCUACCUACUCUCUCUCUCUCUCUCUCUGUAGAUGGAAAUGGAAAUGGAAGGUGAAUGGAAGUCGCGUUGAUUCUGUCGCUUUUAGAGUACAGUGGUAGAUUGGACUUGGAUUUACUUAAAGCUAGCUCUACUCCUGCUCCCCAACACCAACACCAAUCAGUUGCUGUGAUCAAUCCAUCUCUAUUCUCCAUCUUUUUCUGAGUCAUUGAGGUUGAUUUAUUUCCUCACUUGUUGCAAUUGAAAUUGAGAGAUCUGAUCUUCUCUGAUUGGCUUCUCAGGUAGUUAUCCGAGCAAUCAUGAAUGCAUUAGCUGCAACCAACAGAAAUUUUAAGCUGGCAGCUCGGCUUUUGGGCCUGGACUCAAAGCUUGAAAAGAGUUUGCUCAUUCCAUUUAGGGAAAUCAAGGUUGAGUGUACCAUACCAAAAGAUGAUGGCAAUUUGGCUUCUUUUGUUGGGUUCAGGGUUCAGCAUGACAAUGCCAGAGGCCCCAUGAAGGGAGGAAUCAGAUACCACCCAGAGGUUGACCCAGAUGAGGUGAAUGCUUUAGCACAACUAAUGACGUGGAAGACCGCAGUAGCCAAUAUACCAUACGGUGGAGCUAAAGGAGGGAUAGGAUGCAAUCCAGGGGAAUUAAGCAUCUCUGAGCUAGAACGACUCACCAGAGUUUUCACCCAAAAGAUACACGAUCUUGUUGGAGUGCACACUGAUGUUCCAGCACCUGAUAUGGGAACAAAUCCACAGACAAUGGCAUGGAUAUUAGAUGAGUACGCAAAAUUUCAUGGCUACUCACCUGCUGUAGUGACUGGUAAACCUAUUGAUCUUGGUGGAUCCCUUGGUAGAGAUGCCGCCACUGGAAGGGGAGUCUUAUUUGCAACAGAGGCCCUGCUCAACGAGUAUGGGAAGAGCAUUGCUGGACAACGAUUUGUUGUACAGGGAUUUGGGAAUGUGGGUUCCUGGGCUGCUGAUCUCAUCAGUGAAAAGGGUGGGAAGAUUGUUGCAGUAAGUGACAUAAGCGGAGCUGUAAAGAACAGCAAAGGACUCGACAUUCCAAGCCUACUAAAGCACGUUACAGAAAAUCGUGGAGUUAGAGGAUUCAAUGGUGCGGAUGCAAUAGACCCCAAAUCAAUAUUGGUCGAAGAUUGUGAUAUUCUCCUCCCAGCAGCCCUUGGGGGUGUGAUCAACAGGGAAAAUGCCAACGAUAUCAAAGCCAAAUUUAUCAUUGAGGCAGCUAACCAUCCAACUGAUCCGGAGGCUGAUGAGAUCCUAUCAAAGAAAGGUGUUGUUAUCCUUCCGGACAUUUAUGCAAACUCAGGUGGAGUUACGGUUAGUUAUUUUGAGUGGGUUCAGAACAUUCAAGGAUUCAUGUGGGAUGAGGAGAAAGUGAACAAUGAGCUGAAGACAUACAUGACCAAAGGUUUCAAGGAUGUGAAGGAAAUGUGCAAAGCCCAUAAUUGUGAUCUGCGCAUGGGAGCCUUCACCCUUGGGGUUAAUCGUGUUGCUCGUGCCACUGUUCUCAGGGGUUGGGGAGCCUGAGAAGACGACCACAACAAUGCACACCUGCUUUAAUUAUACAAUAAGGCUUCAACGGAGGCCCCUCUUAUUAAUUGGUCUUCCAUGACCGAUUUUGUUGUUAUUAUCUUCUUCUUUUUACCUUUUCUGUUUUUGACAUUAAUGAGUAGUUCUAUGAGCUUUCAUAAUCGAACGAGUCCACUUGGGCAAUGCAAAUUCUCCAUGAAGGGAAAGUUAAUGAAGUAUGUUUCACACC